CAGAGGUCGACUGUUUAUGACAACUCAGAUAUCAUCGAAAAAAGAAAAAAAAGAAAAUCAUUUAUCACGUCGCUCGUAACGAAGACCCAAAGAUUUUGGCUCCCGAAAACCAUCGCAACCAAAACCUUUACACAUUUUCCUCCGACACACAAACCGUUAUAGCAUGAGCUAUUGAUGACAACGUUAGGAUUUCCGACGAGAAAUUGAUUGCCUGGGUAGAGUUGAUCUUGAUGAUUAUUGUCUUUCUGGAAUUUCAAGCGGUUACAGCAUUGCCCCCUUAAUUCUACUAGGCACACACUCACAAUUCACAAAUAGCCAAAUAUUGUUUUCAUUUUACUUCAGAUGCUAUAUGCAUGCUUGUGCAAUCCCGGAACUCAUAUAUUCCUAGUGGUUGAUGGCCAUGAGAGAGAUGGUCAAGAGAGACUAGAAAGCUGAAAUGGAUGCAUCAGCUAAAAUGGACGGGAUGUUAGCUAAAGAAAUUGAAGACGAGCUUAUGAAGUACACAAAGAAGUAUGACCAUAAAGUGGAGGCAAACUUGGUCGUGAAGACUAAUGAUGUUCAAAUUAAUAGUGAUGUAGAGGUCAACAUCACAGAAUGUACAAAAUCUUUGGGCAAUGAGCUUUUUUCAGCAGAACUCCAGGACACAACCGAGAACUCAAGUUCUUUUGAAGACUGCAAUUCUGGUGUAGAAAAUGUUGAUGCCUUUGGUGAUUCUGAAGCUUCAUCAGAUUUUCGCGGUGAUGCUGCACCAGCGCUAGAUUUUGAUGGAUUUGGUGAGAGGUUUAGACUGAGGAGGAAAAAACUGACAACUCAUUGGAGGUCAUUUAUUCAUCCUCUUAUGUGGCGUUGCAAAUGGGUUGAAUUGCAAAUCAAGAAGCUGCAGUCACGGGCACAACUAUAUGACAGAGAACUUGAAGUAUACGAUGAGAAAAAGCAGACUCAACUGGAUAACUCCAUAAUGAUAGAUGGCACAAAAUCUCUUCCAUUUUCACAAAAAAAUGCUAAAAUGGACGUCUUUAGGAGAAAGAAAAGGAGGAGGACUGAAGCAACUACAGAUGUAACAGCAUAUAUGUCACAACAUAACCUUUUCUCAUGUUAUGAAAAUAAGAAGUGCUUCACUGAGGGUGCCUUCAUGAACAACGAGUUGAAGAAUCCAGCUAACCAGAAAAUCACAACCGAUCUCGAGAUAUUGGGUGAUGACGAACUACUCUCUCUUGAUCUUGGAGAUGGUGAUAAUUCUAUCGGCCAAAUACUUUUGAAGAUUGACUUUCUACAGUCAGAAGUUGGCAAGCUGAGGAGCAAAUUUGAUAGGAUAACAGCAGAAAAUGCUGAAAGAAUUUCUGUCGCCGAGAAACUGGACUUGCUGCCUCCACAUAGUGAAAACGGAAUAGAAGUAACUUGUAUUGCAUCUCAGAGUACCGCAGCAGUAGUUCCACAAACUGGAGCGACAAGUUAUGUAGAGGUUCCCGUGACUAGUGGAAGCAUUGAUCCUGCUUGUUUUGAAGCAUACAAACCUGUGGAAGAUGGAGUACUUAUAGAUAAUCAGAGGGUUAAGGAAGAGAUGAACAGUUUUGAGGAAGUGAAGAUUCAACAAAUGCCAUUGGUGCUUAAGGAUGAGACGGGUGACACCACGCCUUCUGUUAUAGCAGAACCUGGCACUGCAGACGAUCAGCCGCCAGCAAAAGUCCGUUCUAUUGCAAAAAUUACUGGCACUAGGAGCAAGAGAAAAAGGGGGAGAAAAAAAGCUGCCACCAGUCGUCGGGGCAGAAGAUCCACGGGUUAGUCUCCUUAGAUUCGGCUCUCUCCUCUCUCAGAUGAGGAGAUAAGAAGAUGUAUUACUGCAGGGAAAGGAACAUGCUGCCUUCUAAGGAAUUCGUCGUGCAAAUAUGACCACAGUUUUUUUUUUGGUGGAGAGAAGUGUUGGUUACAUUCCCCCUUCAGCUGUAGUUUCUGUAUCUAUUCUUUUCUUUAGCUUGUAUACAUGAGGUGUUGAUGGCAGUAGAAAACUUAGAAAUUGCAUAUUAUUUAUCCUUUGAUUCAUCUAAAUACAAGUUUCUUCAUCAUGCAA